AUGGUGUUUGACUGUGGUGUAUUAUACAGCUGUAUACUCUACGAUGACUUUGCUGUCCUGUCAAAGCAAUGGCACAUCCUCAAAGCCUGCCUGUUCCCCAGUUUCGUGUUUGCAGUUGAGCUGCUGGCUGGGGUCUGCCUGUGUGUCCUCUCCUCUCCCCACUACGUGGGGUGCCCUGUCCCCCCACUCAGCACAACGCUGCUGCUUUCCCCCGGCAGAGCUAACGGUGGCUCUGGAGACAGCACGGGGGGAGCCGGCCGGCGCUUGGCGGUGGCUGGCGAGGUGGAGCGGCCCUACGGGUGCGAGCAGUGUGGGAAGGCCUUCGUGCAGGCCGGUGCCUUGGAGAAGCCGUACCGCUGCCCCGUCUGCGCCAAGGCCUCCGCUCUGUCCUCGGGGCUGGUUCUCCACAAGCGCACCCACACCGGGGAGCGGCCCCACGCCUGCCUGCUCUGCGGCAAGGCCUUCGUCUUCUCCUCACACCUUGCCCUCCACAUCUGCUUGCACACUGGAGAGCGGCCCUACAAGUGUGAGAAGUGUGGGAAGAACUUCCUCUCCUCUGCCCACCUCGUGUCUCACACCAGCUUCUGGAGAGAGGAACUCCGAGUGCUCCACCUCCAAGCCUUUUCUAGGUCCUCUUGUCUCCAGCUUCACGUGAGAACACACAGUGGGGAGCGGCUGUACCACUGUUUGCUUUGCAACCGGACAUACGCCAAAAUUUCUACUUUUGAAAAACAUUGUAAAAAGCACCAGCAGGAUGAAGAGAGGCCUGAUGCUAGACCCAGGCCAAUGAGCACCAGGGCAAAAGCACUGGUGGAAGAGAAAAAGAAGGAGCAGAAACAGCACCACCGCGAUGACAGUCUCGAGCAACCUCCCCAGGCUGACCCAAAGCAGCAACAGCAGCAGGUGGAAAGGCUGUAA